GAGUCGUGUCUGCCUUUUAUUAUGGGUUUUUUUUUGUUUCUGUUUCAAUUUGUAUGUUCCGCUCUCAAGUGACUGUUCGAGGACUAUAUAUGAAAACUUUCGAAUCUACUUGAUUUUACGAUUAAAAAAAAAGUAUGUAUUGUUAUUAACGCGCCGACAUUAAAAGGCAGCUUAAGCGGGACAUUAUUAUACAAUAAGGUACCCUAAAUUGGGCACCAUUUUGAAAUAUGGGAGCCUAAGUAGAGCAUGGGGAUUCCUGUUUUACGGGCAAUGCGCUGUAUGUAUUUCUAAAACAAAUCUGCACAAAACACAACAAAUACCGGUCUCCCCAGUACUCUUACAUGUAUUAUUGUUAGAAUAAAGUGCGGCACGUGGCCUGAAUAUCGUUUAUUUGCUUGCUUCUUCUCUCCCAGAAAUCCGCGCUCAGCAUUUUCUGGGACGUUUUCCUCCUCGGCCCAGCGUCCCGCCCUGACGGUGUGGCACGUCGUGACGCUUUUCCACGUCGCAGUGGAGUCUCACAGGCGAGCUGGCUGCGUGUGAAUGCGUGUCUCCAGCUAGGCCAGAGAGUGAUGGCGGCGCCCGUCCUGAGAGUGUCCACCCCUCGGUGGGAAAGAAUAGCCAGGCUUCUUGUUUGCCUGCUGGGCAUACUGUUGUCUUUAUAUGCUUUUCACGUCGAGAGGGAAAAGGCGCGGGAUGCGAGUUAUAAGGCUCUGUGCGACGUCAGCAGCUCCAUCAGCUGUUCAAAAGUGUUCAGCUCAAGGUGGGGUCGAGGAUUCGGACUCCUGGGCUCAAUUUUUGGAAAUGACAGUGCACUGAACCAACCCAACAGUGUCUAUGGGAUUGUCUUUUAUGCCUUUCAGCUGCUUCUAGGAAUGACUGUCAGUGCAAUGGCCGCCCUCAUUCUCAUGACGACAUCCAUUUUGUCGGUGGUUGGUUCCCUCUACCUGGGUUACAUCCUCUACUUUGUCCUAAAGGACUUCUGCAUCAUCUGCAUCACCACAUACGCGCUGAACUUCAUUCUCUUUAUUCUCAACUACAAGCGAUUGGUUUACUUGAACGAGGCCUGGAAGCAGCAGCUACAGGCCAAGCAGGACUGAGCUGCCAAGAACGGCAAGAAAAAUCUGAGAAACAAACAAACAGAGAAAAAAAAAGAAAUGUGACCUCUGAACAUUUGACUUGCCACCAGGAGACCUUGCUUCCAAACAAUGUUUAUUCUGCUGUGUGUUCAAAAAAAGAAAAAAAAAAUGAAGAAAUUUAACUUAAAUGUUGGGCCUGACAACUCAUUGUUUGCAAACACAGAAGGAUUUGUAAGUGAAAGAUGAUUUUUCUUUUCUUUUUUCUCCUUUAAUUUCUUUCUCCUUGUUUUAACAUUUUAAACUCACUUAAGGAAGGGGCUGGCUGUGUGUGUGUGUGUGUGUGUGCAUGUGUGUGUGUGUGUGUGUGCGUGCGUGCGUACGUGUGUGCGUACGUGUGUGUGUGUGCGCGCUCGGAUUUGGGGGAGGUGAGGACACAACAACACAAACAACCAGAGGCAGAGGACGGCUCUCAUUUGAACAACAAUUGGAAAGUGGAAGAAAAACACAGGACUUUUUUUAGGGUGCUUGAUUUGAAAUGGUUGGAAAGCUCCUAUUGCUGCACAGCUCAUCUGCACUAAAACUCGGAGCCGAAUAUUGGGUUCCAAAAUUAGAAGAAACACUUACUAGGUUAUCAUAUAGUUGCAGAUCAGGUUUUAUGAGAAGGGGGCAACAGUUUAUUAUUAUUUUUUUAUGUUUACACUUUUUAGUACAUUUCUUUUUGAAGAGGACCACUAAAAGUAAACACGGCACAGUGUGAGAUAUAGUGUGUGUGUGUGUGUGUGUGUGUGGAUCAGUCAGAAUGUUUGUUUUGCAAUUCUGUACAUAGCUGCUGAGCAAUAUUCCAGACUAGAUUGUGAUUUAGUUGAAUCACAAACCUUUAAGGAAAAAUGGAAAAACUACCAACAAAGCAACAGAAAAUCUGGAUUAAAAAAAAAUUACAAAUAAGUGAUCAGGAUCUCAGUUUGGUGGGUCAGACUUCAGAUGCGUUCGGGAUGUCUUCUGUCCCGUCGUCCCGGUUGGGUGUGCAGUUCAGCUGUGUGUGAAUUUCUUUGUUGUACGUGGUCGUUUCAUCUGAAGCCACAGACAUAAGUCUUUCAAAAUGGAACUGCAGGUUCUUUUCGCCAGGUUUGAGUAAAGGCACCCUCACUUUUUUUUCUUGUUGUUGUUGUUGUUGUUGUUGUUGUUGUGUAUAAAGCAUUCCUGACCACCACACGAGUGGAAACCCAUAAAGAAUUAUGUGCCUAAAGGAGUGUUAUGGUAAAUUACCUUUCCUUUUUGGGGGGGAUGGGUGGGAGUGUGGGUGAUGUCAUGUUAUUGCAUCAAUUUUUUUCCUCAUUGUUUUAUUGUUACAGGUCCAAGGCUUUAUUUUUAUGAUCAUAAUUUUAUAAAUUAAGAUACCAGUAAAGUGUUUCUCUCUCUCCCUAAUAUGCUCAUAAAGGUAGCAAAGCCUGCUACACUGUGAUUGUUCAAGGGCAGGAGCGGCCUAGUGGCAGAAGCAACUCUUUAUUUUUCUGUCCCUGCUUCAUUAAUGUUCAUUGGGCUUUUAUAUACAUGUGAUAUCACUUGAACAGUGACAGUGAUCUUGCCAAGCUGAGUUACAGUUCAUUUGCAGGAUGUGAACAAAACUUGGAAAAUGUACUAUUUUGUGAUCGGAGGGAGAUCUGUAAGAAAACCAAGCAGCAUGUUAACCACACGGGUGGUUAUUUGGGUUUUGUUCCAGUAGAGAAAGAUAACCUGAUCACUGUUGUUUGUCUAACCCACCAUUGGAAGGUCUAAGCAGACAUGGAGAAAGCAAACGCAGCAUGUAGUGAAACGAGGGAGUAGAACCAUCAUCUCCCUUCCAUCCAGACUCCACUGAUAAAAGUAUCCUGUUUGUCACGUGCACGGUACACCAUCUCCUGGCUUUUAGCAUAUGUUGGCCAUCAGACAAUCUUGCACCCACUGUCAAAGAUCAGUAAGAGUCAUAAAAAGUGUAAUAAUGUGAUUCAUCUGUGGUCAUAAAGCAGCCUGUUGAUAGUUUCAUCCUUGAUCCUCUCCAUUCCUCUGUAGUAGAAUUCAGGGUCUCGUACAAAGCUGUUCCAUCGUUCUGAGGGUUUUCAAGUGUUGAUAGCAACUGUCAUAGAAGUCAUUUUAGUGAUUUACUACUCGUGAUGUGAUAAAUCACAAAGUCAUUGGUUGUGUAUGAAAAUGCAAAUUCAGGUGAUCCUUUUUUUUUUUUUUUUUUUUUUCUUGUGAAAUUAUUUCUGUUCUUGCAUGUUGGGACUCAUUUACUACGCCUCUGUUUUCCAAGGUACACUUUAUAAUAAUUUCUUAUAGUUUUUCCUGCAUUCCAGGCAGACAUUUGUUUCUUUGUGAGACGAUGAUCAUUUAAUCCUUUACAGUCAUGUUAAGAUUUGGUCUUUGGGUAUGUCCAGUGUGGGCCUACUGGCUUAAAAUGGACCUGUGAUGCUAACACUGUUACAGUGGCGGAUGCUUGUAUUAAACGUGGCCAAAGUUUUAAAUAAUGAGGUCAAUGUACAAGUAAUCUCUGUGAGACAAAAGCUCAGUUUCAGGCUGCUCUAAAGAGCCGGUGUCGGGUCAUUUUCCCCACUCUUGGCUCUUUAUGGUAUGAAUGAGAGUGGAUAUCUCUAAUGUGGCCGUCUCAGUCUAAUGGUCCAGACGGUGAGUGCAGAAGAUCCACACAUUUGCUGGUCAAACCUUCUGUUCAUGAGGGCAGAGGGAUCUUGAACAUAUGGAUGAACUUAGGGGCUAAGAUAAAUGAGGAUUAUUUUGAACUAUAAGUCAUACAAAGCUACUCUGAUGGAGUCCAAGAGAAGAGCAUAUGGGCCCACUUUAAUUAGACUUCACUUUGAUUCUGAUGAUACUCUUAAAAGGUUUUUAAAGCAAGAUUCAAAAUGGAUCAAUUACCCAGAACCCAAAUCACCUCUAGCCACUUGGGUCAUGCUAAUAAUGGCAUUUUAGGUUUCCCUUAUGCCAGUAUGAAAACUGGUGAAAAUUGAAUUUCCAUGCUGCAUAAAACAGAAUGGAGAUGAGUGGCUGCCUGGAAUAGGAGACCUCAUUCAAAUAUUGGUUUGCUUUGAAAAAUGGUUGCCAGUUAUGUAAAUGUGAUUGGUGGUAAAGUAGCAAAAAAAAAAGCGAAUACUAUUCAAGUCCUUUAAAUGUUAGUGUCUCAUCAUAGUACAUCUUCGGUAAGAACUUCCUUAUCUACAGUAUUUCCUGGCUUAUGCCACGUUGUUUUUCAUCUCGGCACUGGACAAGGUUACCAACCACACUCUUUCAUCCUUUUUCUGCACUCUCAUAAGUCUUGUGCAAGUGAAUCCACUGAAGUCUUUUUUUUUCCAAAUUUAAAUAACUGACAGAUUGCUAGUUAAAAAGUAUGGUUACCUGUGAGUACUGAUAUAGAACUGACAAGCGUACAAUAGGUAAGAUUCCAGUCAUGAAAGCCCAUUACACUAUUUGUGUAAAGUUACUUUAAAAAUACAAGAAAGAAAUUUGAUGGAUGUUUAUUCAAAAGGUUGGGAAAUCUUCGCCAGGUAAAAGGAUCGCCAUUUCCUUGAUGAUGUAACUCUAAAAUCAAGGUCAAGGCAUAAUCUUUGCUACAUUCUCACGAAUCUUCAUUUAGGCCCUGAGGUAAAACUGCCAUGUUAGUUGCAUCACCAAUGCCAACGAAAGUGCCUUCUGUUUGAUCACUAGGCCUUGAGCCAAAGACGAGCAACAGUAAAUAGCCUUGUAAAAUGAAGAACUGCAACAGGCACUUGUGCUUGCCUGCCUUAGGAUGUAAUUCGCUUAAUUGGUGAUUCCUAAAGAUUUCAUACCUGGUAUCAGUACCAAACUCUAUUCAGAAAUUGCCAGAAAUGGCCGUUCCUUUUUUCCUUACUCCACUAUGUAAUUAUCUUUAUCUUGCUUAGUUAGAUGUUUGUUAGCUGAAAACACACUCUGUUCCAAUGAUAAGAUUGUAACGUUUUUUUCAGAAUUAAUUAUGCCCUUUAGCUGUAUAGACUGUUAACAUUCUGGGUUGUUUUAGUAAAAAAAAAAAAUGUUGGGGGGUUGGAGGGCUAGGAUAUCCACGUGUCAGCAUAAAAAGUUUAUUAAAUUUCUUUGUGGAGGAAAUCUUACUGGGUUUGCUUCUGUAUUGCCAAAUAUGUUUUAAAAUGCUGUAUUUUCUUACAUGGAAAAGUGUUACACGAAUGGUAGGAAGGUGCAAAAAAUAACCUGUUUAAAUCCUGCUUACCUUAAGGGAAAACUGUGGAAAAAGGUUGACGUGAGAACAUUUUUAAUUGUGUCAUUGUCAUGUGAAAAUGAUCUACCAUUAAAACAUUCCCUCUGAA